AUGUCUUUAUUACAAUCAAUUCCGACAGUCCUUUCAACGAGUGUUAAUCAUAUGGUCAAAGGCAGACCUCGUCCAACUUGGAAUUAUAAAUUUCAUAUGGGUUUUAACCUAAUAAAAUCCAUGUUAUUUGCAACUUUUGAUAAACCAAUCGAAGAAGUUCAAUUAAAAAGUAAUUCAAUAAAAAUUACUCCUCCUCCUGAUAUUUCUAUACAAGAAGAUUUAGAAUUAUCUGAUAAUUAUCGUGCAAUGGCUCAAAUUCAUCUUGAAAAACAUUUGGUCAAAUAUGAUGAUGUUUUAGAUCCAAAAUGGAAAGAUACAAAUGGUCAAGAAUUAACUGGUGAAUGGGUAUGUUUAAAUGAUAUACCAAAUAAACAUCCCAUUAUUUUACUUUUACAUGGUGGUUAUUAUUGUAUGGGUGGAACUAAAAUGAUUAGAUCACUUGCCAUUGAAAUUGCUAAAAUAUGUAAAGCUAAAGUUUUUGGGGUUGAUUAUAGACUAGCACCACAAUAUCAAUUCCCUGCUGCUCUUUGUGAUGUUAUCGCUGCCUACUUGUACCUAAUAAACCCUGAAGAAAAUGCCGGGUUUGAUCCCAUUGACCCUAAAAGAAUUGUUAUUAUGGGUGAAAGUGCAGGUGGUGGAUUGGCUAUGGCAAUGACUUUGUUUCUUCGUGAUGCUGGAUUGCCAUUACCUUGUGGAAUUGUAGGAUGGUCACCUUGGGUUGAUCUUACACAUAGCAUGCCAUCUUCAUUAGAUCCAAAUCUUGUAGGUCUCGAUUUACUCUGCCCAAUGACUAUGUUUAGACCUAAACCAAAAGUUUCAUCUCCUGCCUGGGAGCAAUAUCAAAAAGAUUCUCAAAAACUUGCUGAUCAAAUUAAAAAAAAGAAACCUUUAAUCGUUGGUGAUGAAUCUUUUCAAAGAGAUGAACAAAUUCAAAUGUAUUGUAAUAAUGAAGCUUUGGCUAUCCCCUAUGUUAGUCCAUUAUUGGCUGAAAGUUUGGGUGAAAUGCCUCCAAUGUUAUUGCAAGUGGGAGAAGUUGAAAGAAUACAUAAUGAAGUUGUACUUUUUGGUUAUAAAGCAACUCAACCACAUAAAUUUAGAGUUCCAAAAUAUUCUACAUCAAACUUUGAUAAAUCUCCAUUUCAAAAACCAACAAGUGUUAUAUUAGAAGUUUAUGAUGAUAUGCCUCAUGGUUGGCAGAGGUUUCCUUUCAUUGAACAAGCACAAGCAUCAUUUCAUAGAACUUGUAAUUUUAUAAAAUAUGUUUCUCUAGUAGAAAAUGAUUCGUUAGUUGAAAAAUCAUUAUUCAAAGGUAUAAGAAUUAAUGAUAAAGGUGAAGAAAGGCCUUUAGAACAAUAUGAUCUUGAUGUUUUAAAAUGGGAUAAAGUUGGUAUUGUCCCUGAUAUAACUGAUAAUACAAAUGCCAAUAUUAAUUAA